AUGACGGUAUGGAAAAGCUUUGGGGCGCUGCUCAUCAUGCUUCUAGUCGCGUCUGGGACGUACGGCGCGUACGUCGAAAACGAAUUGGAAGAUGAGGAUGGCUACAAGGAUACCUCCAGUCUCAACCCAAGGCAUCCUAAGUUUUUCCCGUACUUCACGGUGGUCAGAUUUCCUAAUGAUUUAUGCAAGUCUACAAACAAUUUGGAUGGAACAUGUUAUACAAAGAAAGAGUGUCAUGACAAAGUAGGAGUCGGAUCUGGACAAUGUGCUCAAGGAAUUGGUGCAUGUUGUGUUUUUCAACGGACAUGCGGCGGCAACAGCAAACUCAACAACACGUAUUUCGUGAAUCCCAAUUUUCCAGCAUCAUACGGAGGAGGAACCCGAUGCUCCAUGACGAUACAUCGUUGUAAUCCAGGUAUUUGUCAGGUGAGAAUCGAUUUCCUCGAUUUGGAUCUAGCCCACCCGAACGGCGACGGCGUGUGCAUGACCGAUUUCUUAACCGUGAACGGCGGUGCAAGUCCCGUGCCGACACUGUGCGGCGAUAACACAGAUCAACACGUCUACGUCGAUUUCGAUCAAGAGGAACCCAUAGUCAUAAAUGUUGAUACUGUCGCAUCAUUGCCGUAUAGCAGAAGGUUUAAUAUUAAAAUUGCCCAAAUCGCAUGCGAUUCCAUUCAUCGAGCGCCAACAGGCUGUUUACAGUACCACAGGAAUGGCGAAGGUGUAGUUAAAAGUUUUAACUAUGGUACAAAUCAACACCAAGGUGUCAAUUCGCAAGGAUUUGAUGGCACCAGGCAACUUGCCAAUCUUAACUAUGGCAUUUGCAUAAAACCAGAUACAGGCUAUUGUGGCAUAGAAUGGUCACAAGCAGCUGGAGAUAAAAUGUCAUUUACUGUAACGAAUGAUGUUGGUUCCGUGGACCCAGGCCUUUUGGGUACUGGUGUUGUGCAAAGUCAAAUGUGUACGACGGAUUUUGUAGUUAUACCCAACCCUAUGCAAAAUGGCCAAACGAUGCCAUCGGAUAGGUUUUGCGGGAUGGGCCUGGAACCUACUUCCACAUUUUCUUCUCCGUUUGUUCUAACGGCAGUUACAGACGGGGAUGAAAUAAUGGACAUUGCAAAUAGAGGAUUCAAAUUAGCGUAUAGGCAACUACAGUAUGUGAUGGUGGGAAAUAUAACUGGUAUGUUUUUGCACACAUCGAUCGCUAUGUUGGGCACAAUAUUAGCUCUUAUCAUAUCAAUCUUGCCAAUGGCACAAGGUGAAACUGAUAUACAUUUGAAAUUUCUCACAAACUAUGAAGAAAAUGAGCAUGAAGCUUUUUGGCAAUGCAGAAUGCAGAGCAUAGCUGCAUUAGCAAUGUAUUGUGUUUACUUAAUGGACACAAUUUUAAAUUUGACAUUGCUUCUUCAACGUAAAAAAUACCCAGACCGCGACAUUCGAAGGAAACCUGAUGAUGAGUAA